UGGAAUCACAAUCAGAAUCACUUGGAAUUUUGUAAUUUGUUUACAAACAAAUCAACCAGUUAUUUUAUUUAGAAUGCAAAGUGCGAACUGAUAAAAGCAAUAAUCUGAAAUCAUUGAUAAAAUUAAUUAAAGCAUUACUAUUUGAUAACAAUGACUUCGUCUUGCGCUGUAACCAAUAAACAUGAUAACAUAACAAACUUAGAUAACAAAUGGAGUGAUAACAAAAACUUGGAAGUUGAGCACUGGUUUAUAGUCCUACUGAUUAUUUAACAAUCAGUUUUAUGCUAUCUAGUGAAGAAGGCAGUCGUGUAAAAAAUACUCUCCAGUCAAUUACCAAGCCCAGUGAAGCCAGUUUUAAUUUAAAAUGUCUGGUGUUUUGCUUUUACAAUCUUCACCGCCAAAAUUAGAAGAUGUGCAAAAGAAAAUAUUCAAUAAGGAUGCACUUGAAUUCAUAGCGAAUUUGCAUAGAGAAUUUGAUUUGAAAGUAGAGCAACUUUAUAAGAACCGAGUUCAAAGGGCGAUUGAUAUAAAAACAACAUUAAGUCUAGAUUUUAAAUUAUCUUCAGAAAGAUUGGAUAAGUCUUGGAAAGUAGCUCCAUUGCCUGCUAGGCUUCAGAAUCGUCACUUAGAUUUAGGAGAUGUAUCAGCAUCAAAUACGGCACAUUUCGUAGCUGCAUUAAACGCAGACGUCCAAGGUGUCCAGGUUGAUUUUGAUGAUGGCCACUGUCCAACAUGGCGAAACCAGCUGGUCGCCUUCAAUAACAUCAAUCUGGUGGUCAAUGGGAAGCUCCCAGGGGCUCCGAUUAGUAUCACAACUUGCCCAGUGCUGAUGCUCAGGCCUAGAGCAUGGAAUAUGGUUGACCAUGAUAUUUUGAUUGAUGGGAAAGAAGCAAUAGGGCCUCUGGUUGAUUUUGGCAUACUCAUGUACCAUAUUGGAAAAAAGUUAUACGAAGCAAACAGUGGACCAUACUUUUAUUUGUCCAAGUUAGAAGGCGCGGGGGAAGCUAAACUUUGGAAUGAAAUAUUUGUAUGGACCCAGGACCAACUUGGGUUACCGCAAGGCACUAUAAGAGCGUGUGUGUUGAUAGAGAAUAUUAUAUCGACCUUUGAAUUGGAUGAGAUUCUGUAUGCACUAAAGGAUCAUUGUAUGGGGUUGAAUUGUGGGAUAUGGGAUUAUUGUGCGUCGAUUAUUGCCAAGUUUGGUGACCGCAAAGAGUUCGUAUUACCCGAUAGGAACAAAUACGUGAACAUGGACAAGAAAUUCCUGAACAGUUAUAUGAAGCUAGUGGUGGCCACUUGCCACGUAAGAGGCGCGCUGGCCACGGGAGGCAUGGCGGCGGCCAUGCUGAAGGCGGGCAGCGAUGGUGCUGAUGCCAAGUCAAAGGCAAUAAUCGGCAGGGUCCUGGAAGCGAAGUCUAAGGAAAUUAACGCUGGAGUUGAUGGGUUUAUGGUGUACGACUCCCGUAUGGUGCCCCAUAUAAACGAGCUAUGGAAGAAGACAAGCGGAACACCAAACCAAAUUCACCGUAAAUUCGACCUUAACAUAACGCCAGAAGAGCUAUUGUCGCUUCCAAGCGGCGGCGUGACCAUGCAAGGGUUGAAACACAAUGUGGCGGUUUCCAUACUGUUUGUUUACCACUGGUUCGCGGGGAUCGGACACUUCUUCUAUAACGGGAACAUUGAAGAUUCCGCCACCGCGGAGAUAUCAAGAGCGCAGAUCUGGCAGUGGAUUCGAUUCUCGCCAAUACUAGAAGAGAGUCAAAACCAACAAGUAACAGCACAGCUGGUGGAUAAAGUAGCCACCAACUUCGCUUCCCACGCUCAUAAGAACCUCUGUCGCUCAAACGCUGAAAGAAAGCGCCUUACAGCGGCUAAAUACAUGUGCCUAGAACUUUUCUUAGCUAGAAACCCUCCAGAGUUUAUCACUAGUUAUCUGAACGACAAUCAUAAGUUCAGGACUUUGCAUAAUAAAGCGCUACUAAGCAAUCUUUAAGGGUCACGACUAAUUAACCAACGCCAUUCAAAUAUAGGCUUUAAGCCAGGGUUUGAAGGUGUAUUUUUAAAGCACAAUAUAAAACUAGUAAGAUUGAGCGUUCAAAUAAAGUACCUAAUAGUGGCUAAAUACAUGUCUAGAACUUUUCCUAGCUAGAAACCCUCCUGGGUUCAUCACUAGUUCUCUAAACAGUUAACAGUCAUAACUUUAGAACUCUGUUUGAUAAUGCGCUUUUAAGCACAUUGCAAGAAUGUUGGCAUUACAAGAAUCGAUAAAGCAACGCUUCGAGAGGGCAGCAUUGAAAAUGAAAAUAGAGGUUUGAUGAACGGGCAUUUAAAGUAUCAAAUGAACGAGAAAUACUCGAAAAUGUUUGCGUUAAAAGAAAGCACCUUGAAGUGGCUAAAUACAUGUGUUUAGAACUUUUCCUAGCU